GACUACCAACUGAGGUGAGGGGCAAUGGAUUUGAAUGCAACCUCAGAAAUUGUAUAAUUCUACUCAGGAUGCUGAGAAAUCCUCGGCAGAACAAAGUGUCAAUCAGAUUUUGGAGAGAUCAUCAGCAACGUCUCUGUGACGAAAAUCAUAGACAAGGCCAGGGCUAAAAUGGAGCUAGCAAUGAAGAAGAGCUUGAAUAUUCUGGAUGGAGAGAAUAUACCAGGGGCAGCUCACGAUGAGAAUAGUAGAGCCACUGGGUACACAAAUAUCGAGGAAAACACUGGUCUUAGUGAUAUUGAGGGGCCAGGACGGAGAAUAGAACUCGUCAAGAGGAAUGAUUCGGAAUCAGCUGUAAAUGCAAAUACAAGAGAUGAGACAAUUGCUCAAAUAGGGAAAGGAAAGAAACAUCGAAGCGACAGCGGUAUUGGAAUUUCGGAGGACCUCAAAGAAAUCGCAAAUUGCGUUGGUAAAUUAAACCUUUCUGAUUCGUACAACGAAGUCGAGCCGAGAGUGAGAGAGAAGAGCUUUUCUGAUCUUUGGAACGAAUUCCCUCAAUCGACUGAGCCGUGGGUAAUUCCAAAUAUUGACUUUUCCGAACUUGACAACAUUUUCGAAGACUUGAAUAUUUCCAUCGAGAAGAGUCGCAACAUUGACCCGCAGAAUGUCGAUGCUGUGCAUAACUCAAAGUGCCAAAACGCUUUUCGCACAUUGAUGAUGAAAGCGGCUCUAUGGGGAAGUUCUCAUAUCCCCGACAUUUCAAAAGUACCAACAGCAGAUGAAAAAGACGAUAGAGACGAGAAGAAGAGUCUCAAUCCAUCUGCUCAAACUGCCCAGUUGAAGGCACCCAUCUUUCAAACUUUCUUUGACGAACCCCUCUACUUUACAGAUCAUCGGAAGCGUUGCACUUCCUACCGGGAACUAUUCAUCAAGCGAACUUACCUUCUCGCACCUAGUCACAAAUAUAAAACAAUAGCACAUAUAAAUUUCGGUCAUGAUUCUCUUAUAUAUCCACGGAGUGUGAUCAGCGGCUGGGAAGACUGGACCAACAAAGUCAGAAUUCUCUGCCGUAAUAUCGGUCAUCAACUUGCUGUUGAUGAAAGAUUCGACCGUGACACGCCUGGCAGCUUUAACGCAUGCCAUGCCGAGAAGAAACUCGUUGCGUAUUAUUUCGCACAGGCUAUCUCUUAUUUGCCGGCGCUGAUGGAUGAAAAUCAUUUUCUUUUCCGCCCAACGCUUCCAGUGGUAGCUCCGCGUGGAGUCAUUAUUUUAGUCAGCAAACCUAUAUGUUACGACUGUAGAGCAUUCAUCAACGCAGUGAAGGAUCACUACCAAUUGCAUAAUCAUUUCCAUGUGCAAUGGAAGAAUAAGGAUGAAGACGGCAAUCAUUACGAGGGGGAUAGAGUUUGAGGAUCUACAUUUCAAUGCAGUAGAAGUCUGAUCACCGAACCCCGGGUUGUGGCAUUGAACGUCGGGGACGCUGAAUGUGUGCCGAAUACAUACUCUUUUGACAAAUAUGGCGAUUUUGUCUACAAUUGAUGCUUUCAUAUGCA